CAGGUUCCGCUCUGAGCCAACUUCCUGCCCUCCUGCUCCAGCAGACACCGAGCAGGCGGCGCAGGGUGAAAGCCCGGGAAAAUGGGGCGCGCGCGCGACGCCAUCCUGGAGGCGCUGGAGAACCUGACGGCCGACGAGUUGAAGAAAUUCAAGAUGAAGCUGCUUUCAGUGACGCCGCGCGAGGGCUUUGGGCGCAUCCCGCGGGGGCAGCUGCUGCCCUUGGACGCCAUGGACCUCACCGACAAGCUCGUCAACUACUACCGGGAGGACUACGGCGCCCAGCUCACGGGCUCCGUGCUGCGCGAGAUGGGCAUGCAGGACCUGGCCGAGCAGCUGGACGCGAGCGGCUCGGGCCCUGGAGCGGUGCCAUCGGCGGUGGCGGUGCCAUCUGCAGCCACAGCCCUUCCCCAGAUGGCAGCCAAGCAAGGACACUUUGUGGACCAUCACCGGGCAGCCCUCAUUGCCCGCGUCACAAACGUGGAAGGGAUCCUGGAUGCCCUGUAUGGGAAGGUCCUGACAGAGGAGCAGUACCAGGCAAUCCGAGCAGAGGCCACCAACCCCACCAAGAUGAGGAUGCUCUUCAGCUUCGUUCCAGCCUGGGACCUGAGCUGCAAGAACCUGCUCCUUCAGGCCCUACGGGACACCCAGCCCUACCUGGUGACCGACCUGGAGAAGUAAGGCACUUCCCAGCAGCGGCCCCAUGGACACCCCCUGGGUGAUCUGGGAUUUUUAUAUACAAUAUGAAAACCGCAUCCUGUCCUUGUGUUCUUUUCCUG